AAUUUAGAGGAAAACCAGAUACUUCAAGCUCACCAUAACAAAACCCUAAUUCACUCUCUCUCCAAAUCUCUUCCAAGCCAUUCUCUUCACAGUUCUCACACGUCUCCAAUGGCAGUCGCUUCCGAUGACUCCACCGACGUCGAGAAGCUCUACCAGUACGGCGAGAAUCUGAACGAGUCGCAGGACAAGUCUCAGAAUUUGAAGGACUAUGAGGGCAUAAUCGAGGCUGCCAAAGGUAGCAUUAAGGCAAAGCAAUUGGCAGCGCAGCUUAUUCCCAGGUUCUUCAAGUACUUUCCGAGCUUGUCCGAAAGAGCGAUCUUUGCCCAUUUUGAUUUGUGCGAGGAGGAGGAACUUGGGGUCCGGGUUCAAGCAAUCCGAGGACUUCCACUAUUUUGCAAGGAUACUCCAGAAUAUGUGUCUAAAAUUGUUGACAUUCUUGGACAGCUCCUUACAGCUGGAGAAAAUGUUGAACGUGAUGCGGUUCAUAAAGCCCUUUUAUCUCUGUUGCGUCAGGAUGUAAAGGCCUCUUUAACAUCUCUGUUUAAGCAUAUUGGGAGCUCUGAAGAACCCUGCACUGAUGAAAUCAUUCGUGAAAAGGUUCUAUGCUUUGUCAGAGAUAAGGUGUUUCCUCUUAAAGCAGAACUGUUGAAGCCACAGGAGCAAAUGGAGAGGCAUAUAACUGAUUUGGUGAAAAAAAGUUUGCAAGAUGUAACUGGGGCAGAAUUUAAACUGUUCAUGGACUUCUUGAGAAGCUUGAGCUUGUUUGGACAGAAGGCUCCUGCAGAGCGUGUACAAGAACUGAUUGAAAUCAUUGAAGAACAGGCUGAUCUAGAUGCUCAAUUCGAUGUUUCAGAUGGUGAUCAUAUUGACAGACUAAUAUCUUGUCUAUACAUGGCUCUUCCUCUUUUUAAGAGAGGUGCAUCAAACAGCAAGUUCCUCAACUACUUGAACAAACACAUAAUACCUGUUUUCGAUAAGAUUCCUGAAGAACGAAAAUUGGACUUGCUCAAGAACCUUGCAGAAUUUUCACCCUAUGCAACACCACAGGAUUCUCGUCAGCUUCUUCCAGCUGUUGUUCAACUUCUAAAGAAGUACAUGCCACGGAGAAGGACUGGAGAAGAGAUGAACUUUACUUAUGUGGAAUGCUUACUUUACACCUUUCACCAUUUAGCUUACAAGACUCCUAAUGCCACAAAUAGUCUUUGUGGCUACAAGAUUGUUACUGGCCAACCAUCAGAUAGGCUUGGGGAGGAUUUCUCUGACUAUUAUAAAGACUUCAUGGAGAGGCUGAGUACACUGGAGGAUUUAUCUAGAGCUACCUCAAAAAAAUUGACCCAGGGGAUCGCAGAGCAUAACAAAGCUAUGGCAGCUGCUAAAACUGAAGAAGCAAAGGAUAUUGUUAAGACUCAAAAACAGAAUGCUGCCACUGGGCUCCGGACCUGCAACAACAUACUGGCAAUGACCCAGCCAUUGCAUUCAAAAUCACCUUCAUUUAUUGGAGAUCAGAAAAUCAAUUUGUCAUGGAAAAAAGCAGCAAAGCCUUCAGCCCCCCCAACUGCUGCAUCAUCUGGUGGGAAGCGAAUCGCUGGUGAUGCUAAUGGUUCAAGCACAAACGCAAACAAAAGAGGCCGAGCUGCUGGUGGCAUGCAAAACCAGCUUGUAAACAAGGCAUUAGAGGGUUUAUCUCGUGGUGGUGGGAGGACUGGCGGAAGUAGCAGGGCCUGGGGAGGACAACGUGGAAGAGGAAGGGGAAGAGUAAGAGGAACAGGAAGAGGAAGAGGAACAGGAAGAGGUUACCGUUAGCUCGUUUCGCUUCCAAUGUCUAUUACCACCAGCUUGUUAACAAGGGCAUUAUCUUUCACAGUUAGACUAGUAGCCAAACUCUGGGGUUGACAUGGAAGAGGAAGGGCAUGGUGCAUCAGUACAGAAAAGAGUUUAGUCCUCAGAGAUGCAGACCAUUUUCAGAUUUGAGGCUAAGGAAAAUUCUUGAUCAAGUUUUGAACGGAAGCUGAAUCGGCUGGAAACAUUUUUGCCUUUCAGAUUCUUGUCUAAUUUAGCCAAAUAGGGUUAGGGCAAUAAGACUAAAACAACAAGAAUUUGGGAUAUUAUAUCUAACUGCAAUUAUACUGCAUGUUUAUAUUUGUUCAGAAACUUUUGGGUAAAUUCAAUUUGUUCUUUAGAGAAUCAA